UGCGUGACUUUGAUGUUGCGUUGAGAUUGCCAAAUACGCUCUGUUACACAAUUCUCUCUCAUAUCACUCUGUCUAAAAUUCCAAGCUUUAAAUUGAAUGGCUGUUACUGGGUUCCCCAAUUUCUCUCUAUUUCUUCCCCUCUUUUUUCCAAAAUAAAAAACCUUCAUUUUUCUUCUGCUUCUCAGUUGCAGCCCUUGUUUCUUUGUCUUUCCUCUUCACUUUUUCUUGUUUGGUAUUUUCAGCGGGUAGAUUUAAUGGGAAUUGCUGUCUAUUUUGCUUUCUUUGUUGGUUCGGUUUCCUCUUAUGGGUAUGCUAUCCCAACCAAAGAGGUUCAAUGGUUGGGGUCUGUCUUCGCUGGCAUUAUCUUCUGUGUUCUUGUUUAUAGAUUGACUGCUGUUUUGAGUUCUUUGUUGUUCCUGGGAUAUGGCAAAUUGAGCAGUGCACAGAAAAUUGAAUGGAAUAACCGGGGAUUCUCAACAUUUCAUGCUCUGUUUGCAUCAUUUACGUCAUUUUACCUGUUGAUGAUAUCAGAUAUCUUCAAUAAGGAUUCACAAGAAGGGCUAGUUGUUAAUAGAUCAUCUACUUUCUCUAAUUCAGUAUUGGGGAUUUCUAUAGGUUAUUUUCUAACAGAUCUGGCAAUGAUUCUUUGGCAUUUUCCAGCUUUGGGUGGUUUGGAAUAUGUUUUACACCAUGGGCUGUCCAUGUUUUCAAUUAUCCAAGCUUUGCUAAGUGGUCAAGGACAGAUCUACAUACUGAUGGUUCUUUUCUCUGAGAGCACAACUCCUUUUGUAAAUCUAAGAUGGCACUUGGACAUUUCUGGUCAUAAGAACUCCAAACUGUACAUUUUGAAUGGCAUUGCAUUGUUCUUCGGGUGGUUGAUAGCUAGGAUUUUCUUAUUCAUAUACUUUUUUAUCCACAUGUGGAUCCAUUUUGAUGAGGUCAAAGAGAUCUUCCCAUUGGGUUUUUACAGCUUGCUUGCGGUGCCUCCUGUGUUGGCAAUAAUGAAUUUGUUUUGGUUCUGGAAGAUUGCCAAGGGUAUGGUUAAAACCCUUUCAAAAGCAAAACAUAACUAGUGAGCCUACUAAAAAUGGCCACUGAACUAAUUUGGUACAGUUAACAUUUUUGCCCCAUUUAUCAUACUUGUAAGAUUCAGCGCAAUGGUAUGCUGUAUAUUUGUUUUUACGCAAUUGAAUAUAUUUUUCAGUGACUAAAUGUAUUAUAAUCAACACGAGCUAAAAGUAUCCGAAUUAGU